ACCAAUGACCUUCUCUGAAUGAUUCGCUAUCUGUCUCACCGCCUCUCGCUCCUCGACCGCGAGUCUUCUCUCUAAAUUGUAACCACCCAUCGACUCCAGAGACUCUCGUCACACUCUCUCUCUCUCUACUGAAAACAUGGCUUUCUCGUCUUCGGCUGCAACAGUUCCCCUUUCUCUCCUACCAAAUAAGGGCAUCGUUUCCAUUAUAAAACCUCCAUCCAUUGCAGUGAAUAAGCAGCAAAGGCUUUCUAAACCAUUAAGAAAGCUUUCUCCUGGUUACACUGCAAAAACUGAUUCAGACCACAAAUCUAGGGUUUCUAGCGGUGUAAAAUGUGAAGCUCUGAGAGACGAUACGCAACAGACUGGAGCCCAAGUUUAUCAAGGCGUAUAUGGACCUUGGACCGUCGAUUCCUCAGACAUUCGAGAGGUACUCCUCUAUCGGUCUGGGUUGGUUGCUACUGCAGUGUCAUUUGUAAUUGCUGCUUCCCCAGCUUUUUUGCCAGAUGGUACUUUCUUGAAUGAUAUCGUACUACAAAAUGCAGAUAUCAUAUAUGCUAUUGGAGCUGGAGGUUUAGGCCUAUCAUUGAUUUUGAUUCACAUAUAUGUCACACCAAUAAAGCGUGCUCUUCAAGUAUUUUGGGCAUUGGGUAUCCUUGGCUCUCUUGGAGCAUAUUUAAGUCUUUCUCAACCAUCUGGUGAGAGCUUGAUUCUAUAUGUGAUCAAUAACCCCAUCAGUGUAUGGUUUGUUGGGCCUCUCUUCGUAGCCUUGACUGGGCUUGUUUUCAAAGAAGGGCUCUGCUACGGCAAGUUAGAGGCUGGCAUUUUAACAUUUGUUAUCCCCACUCUACUACUUGGCCACCUGUCUGGUUUGAUGGAUGAGAAUGCUGAACUUGGUCUACUUGGUUUUUGGAUGGUUCUUUUCAUAGUUUUUGCUACACGAAAGUUUACACAGCCAAUUAAGGACGACAUUGGUGAUAAAUCCGUUUUUAUGUUCAAUGCACUCCCUGAAGAAGAUAAGAAGGUCGUUCUUAAAAAACUCGAAGAGCAAACUGGUCAGGGGCCCAUUUAGACAACCAGUGAUGUAAUACCCACUUUUGAGGCAGUAACCUAGUUUCGAUUGUUGUAACAUAUUGUAACAUUAUUGUAACAUUAUUGUAUAGAUAUAAGAUCUGAGUGCCACUGUUCUAUAGGUCCAUGCUUUACCAUAAAGAACAGCAAAUAAACAUGAUGACAGCGUUAGUUGAGAAUCGAUGGCCUUUAAUGAAGUUUAUUAUUUGAAGUUUA